UCCAUGAAAUGCUUCAUUCAGGAAGAGAAAAAUGGCUGAAUUGACUCAGCUUAUGGAUCAAGAGAUCCCUGAUGGACGACAGCAUCUUCAAGAUAGCUACAAAAAUUUAGAAAAAGUAGCACAGUAUUGUCGAGAAAAUUAUGUCCAGGCUUCAGACAAACGUUCUGCCUUGGAGGAGACCAAGAACUAUACAACCCACUCCCUGGCCAGUGUGGCCUAUCAGAUCAACAGUCUGGCUACCAACUUCCUGAAGCUGCUGGACCUUCAACAAAACCAACUGGCUGAAAUGGAGUCUGGAGUUAACUACCUAGCACAGACUGUGAACAUUCACAAGGAAAAAGUAGCCAGGAGGGAAAUAGGUGUCCUGACCACAAACAGGAGCUCUACCCGACCAGCUGGGGUCAAGAAUGGCAUCAUCUUCCCAGAACAAGCAGAGAAACCCACAAAAUACCAGCGUAAACCAAUAGACUACUCUAGUCUAGAUGACUUGGGUCAUGGGGUCAGGGUACAAGAGCAGGGUUUGAUAAAGGGAAGUUCUAAACCAGCUCGCAGUCCAUCUGUCAGCAGUGGAUCAUCCGGACAGGCCCCUACAUCACAUCCCCCCACCCCACCAAUGAACCGUAGUGGUGGCACCCUGGGGAGGAGUUCUGGUAGCAGUCAUUACAGGACCCCCGCCCCUCCAGUGGCCCCACCCUCAGUUCCAUCACAGUAUGCUUCCAGUAACUAUACAGUACAGACAACAGGACUACCAGGUCAAUCCAGAGCUUCCCAAGCCAGGGGAAGUAACUACGGCCAGAUGAUUAUUCCACCUAAUGCACCAGCUCCUCCCCCACCAGUAGGAAUGGCCACACCCAUGUCACACCCAGGGGCCGGAAUACCACAGGGUAGAAGAUCACAGCUGAAUUCGCAAUCCUCCAUUGACAAUUUACCUCCACCCCCUUCACCAGAGGUCAGCCUUGGAGGAGUAGUCCCCAAUGAAAUCCUGGAAGCUUCCCCACCCUUGCCUCCACCACCACAGGACAACCAACAGUACCCACCUCCCCCACCCCCAGAGUUUAUGGGAGAGCAAGUUGACAUUGGGUACCGUCAAGAGGAGGACCCUUAUGCUGCAACAGGUCCAAACUUUGCCCAGCCUGACUGGGUACCAGAGCAUUACAUAGAGAAAGUGAUUGCUAUUUAUGACUAUCAGGCUGAAAAAGAAGAUGAACUGACAUUCUGUGAGAAUUCAUUGAUUUAUGUCACAAAGAAGAAUGACGAUGGAUGGUAUGAAGGGGUAAUGAAUGGGGUCACAGGACUAUUCCCUGGUAAUUAUGUGGAACCUUGCAUGUGAUUGGACAUUUUGGAUGUAGACAUGGCCAUAGACUCAAAUUUUUGUUCCAAUCAUGCAAAAUUAGCCAAGCUAUUUAUGAAUUUAUUAUAUCCAAUCAAACAAUAUUUCUGUUUUCAAAAGUGCUGAACAUCAAAAAGUUAUAAAUACAAGCUUUUUUAAAGUCAUCUACAAAAAUGUACAUUGUAUUUGAAUAAUUGUAUUUUGUAAUUGGCAUUUAUUCUCAUCUUAAUCC